AUGGCGCUUGUUACCGAAGUGUUAAGCACUCCCUAUAUUGCUCAGUGUGUCUGUGUUGUGCUUCUGCUGGUGUUUCUCUCCAGCGUAUGGGAUGAUGUUUCCGAUGAGAUCCCCUAUGCUCAGUUUCCUUUGAUUGGAAAAAGCCGGUGGGAUCUUUCCAACACGAAGGCCAAGUCUCUAUUCAGUCAAUCAGCACGGGCGUUGAUUGCGGAGGGCUUUACCAAGGGUCGCAAUGUAUUUCAGGUCAUGGCUCCAACCCGACCAUUGAUUGUCCUACAUCCAAAGUAUAUCGAUGAAAUCAAGAGUCAUCCCCACCUAGACUUUGAUGGCGCUACUAGGAAACACUUCUUCUCGGGCCGUAUCCCUGGCUUCGAGCCGUUCCAUGCAAAUGGAGCAUCUCGAGUUCUCUUGGAUGCAGUGCGAGUCAAAUUAACUCAAGCCCUUGGUGGCCUGACAAUACCGCUCUCCAAGGAGACCGCCGCGACGGUGAAAGACACCUUUACCCCAUCGGAUGAAUGGAAACCGUACAACUUUUCCUGCAAAGUGCCGUACAUGAUAGCACGUAUCUCCACACUGGUAUUCCUCGGUCAGAAAGCCUGCCGCAAUGAGGACUGGAUCGACGUCGCCGUUCACUACACGAUCGACUCCUUUAAGGGGGCCCGCGAACUACGGCUGUGGCCGUCCAUCUUACGACCGGUAGUACACUACUUCCUACCAUCCAUCCAAAGGGUUCGCUAUCAUCUACGCGUUGCCCGGGCUAUUGUGAAACAAGAGAUUGAGGAGCGUAACAUGAUCCGCGAUGGCAAGCUGUCACCUGAAGAACCACCUCGUACUCAGGCCGAUGCCCUCGAUUGGUUUGAGGAACUGUCUAGAGCAUACAACAUGCCCUUUGAUAUGACACGUGGACAAGUUGCGCUGUCCUUGGCGGCCAUUCAUACUACCUCGAAUCUUCUCACAAACAUUAUGUACGACCUCGCAGCGUACCCGGAAUACGUCCAGCCUCUCCGCGACGAGAUUGCCGCCGUUAUCGCUGAGGAUGGCGAGCUCAAGAAGACUAGUUUGUUGAAACUAAAGCUGAUGGACAGUGUGAUGAAGGAGUCGCAGCGCACAAAUCCAAUCAGUAUGACAUCCCUAAAUCGCCUGGCCUUGGAAACAAUUCCUCUAUCAGAUGGAACGGUCAUCCCCAAAGGCGCCAUGAUUGCUGUCUCUGCCCACAUCAAUGAAGACGAAACCAUCUAUCCUAACCCCGAAAAAUACGACGGCUACCGCUUCCUCAGAAAGCGCCAAGAACCAGGCCAUGAGCACAAACACCAAUUCGUGACAACCACUCGUGAAAGCUAUGGGUUUGGCCACGGAGUCCACGCUUGCCCGGGCCGCUUUUUUGCGGCUAAUGAGUCCAAAAUUUUGCUCAUCCAUUUAUUGCUUAAAUAUGACUGGAAAUUAAAAGAUGACAGCGGACGACCGAAGAGCUUUGAGAUGGGCAGCGAGAUCGUUACUGAUCCGACUGUCGAGUUGCUUUUCCGAUCAAGGGAUCCGGGGCUUGAUCUUUCUGCCCUUGGAGAGGGAUCUGCACAGAGAAUCGGUACUUCUUGCCGUUUUGAGAGUUCCUUCUGA